AUGGAUAACUUUUUAAUUGAACUAAAAAAAAUUUCUGAGCAAUACAACAAUUUGUUGUUGGAAAAAAAAAAGAUCGAUGAGAAAAUUAGACAUAUGAAUGAAAAUAUAAAAAAUUACGAGCAUAAAAAAGAAGAGUAUUUGAAACAAGUUGAGAAAAAAAAAAAUGAGUUGUUAAUGAAUAAGAAUAAGCACAUUAUGCGAUGUCAAAAAAUGGAAGAAUUAAAUAAGAAACUUAAUGAUAUAAUAAUAAAGAAACAAAAUAUUGAUGAUAAUGAAGAGAAAUGUAUGAUAGAAAAACAAAUGAAUACUAUAAAAAAUACAUUUAUAUUAUUGAAGUAUGUUCAAAAGUUAAAUGAUAUUAUAGGGAAAAAAAAUAAUUAUUAUAAAUUAAUGAAUGAAAAAAUACAUAAUAAUAAUUUUACUAAUAAAAAAAAUAUAAAUAUAUUAAAUAAUUUCUUAAAUAAAAAUACUGUUAAUAUGCAACAAAUAGAUAGUAAUUUUUCAAACUGUAUCAAUUAUUUUAAAAUUAUUGAAACAAAUGAUAUGAUAAAAAAGUUAAAUCUACUCUUUUCAAAUACACACACAAAUUUAUCUUUAGAAAAACAACAAUUUUUGUUUGUCCUCUUAAUGAAUGUGUUGAAAAAAAUAAUACAAUCAGAAGAAGGUAUUAUAGAAGAUGUUAAAAGGGGUAAUGAAUUUAUUCAUAAUUUUUUAUAUAACAAUUAUAUAUUACUACAGUAA